AUGAGACGUCAAACGACUGCCAUCUUUGUUCUCCUUGGGCUUCUCGCCGUCUUUGUGGUCCAAGGAUCAACUGAAGACACUGGUUCAACUCCAACUGCAGAUAAUGCUCCUGCUGCAUCUAAUGGCACCACUGAUAUGGAGGAUGCUUUCAAUAAGAAAAAAGCUGAGAUGGUUAAAAAUUCUGAAGAAGAUAUGGCCAAGAUGGAAAAGGAGCGUGAAAAGAAUAAAGGAAUCUUCGCCAAAAUUCUCGCAUACGGACUUGCCACUGUGAUUGUGACAUUUGUUGUGUGCGUGGGAGCUUCCGCUGCUGCAACCAUCAUCACUAUCGUCUGCGUUCGUCGUCACAACCGGAACAAGAUGGGUGGAGGAGGUCAACAAUCCACUGGAACUACCGGAGGAAUGUGA